GUGGGAGUAGUGAAGUAAAGGGACCCCCAAAUGUCCACUUGCUCUGUAUUUUUUUCAUAAAAAAUGGAGCAAUUUUGGACCAUUCAGCCAUCGGAAGUUCCAAUAGGCGAUGCGUUUUGGACUCUUUCUGAUUCACACUUUGCCUAUUCUCAAAACCCCACCAUUGAAUUUUUUUUUUCUUUCCAUUUUUUUGGUUGGAGAUGAUGAACAAUAUGGAAGAUGAGUACAUUAGGAGACACCAUAGGCAUGUGCUCGACCACAAUCAGUGUAGUUCUUCACUUGUUAAACGCAUCAGAGCUCCUGUUAAUCUUGUAUGGUCAUUGGUGAGAAGGUUUGAUCAACCACAAAGGUACAAGCCAUUUGUUAGCAGAUGUGUCGUGCAAGGGGACCUUGAAAUUGGGAGUGUGAGAGAAGUGAAUGUUAGGUCAGGUCUUCCAGCUACCACCAGCAAGGAGAGGUUAGAGCUUCUAGAUGACGAGGAACACAUCUUUGGUGUAAAGAUUGUUGGUGGAGAUCACAGGCUUCAGAACUACUCAUCGAUUAUCACGGUUCAUCCCGAGGUCAUUGACGGGAGACCUGGAACAAUUGUAAUCGAGUCAUUUGUAGUAGACAUACCAGAUGGGAAUACUAAGGACGAAACAUGCUUCUUUGUGGAGGCCCUCAUCCGGUGUAACCUCAAAUCAUUAGCUGAUGUAUCAGAGCGUUUGGCGGUACAGGGCCAUACCGACCCUAUUGAUAGAAUCUAGCUUCACAGUUUUUGCAGAUGCAGCAGCGUGGGCUUAUACGUUUUAGCUGCUGGAGCGUACAUGGAUUUUGAUUAGAUUAUUCUUGCAAUGGCUAUUUCUCAUUGUGAAGAACCAGUACUGAUUCUGGCCGUGCAAGAUAUUGAGCCUUGUAAAUAUUUGCUACUGGAUGAGCUUUCGUAAGUCAUAAGAUCAUAUCCUACCCUACUGUGGCAAAGGCGUGCUAUACACUCGUCUCAUCUAGAGGCUGAUGUGCUAAUAGUAUUAUCUUAUCCCCUAGAACUGUAACUGUGCCUUUUUUGUUUUUGUACCUGUACAAGAAAAAAGUUCCUUGUUUGUUGUUGUAUCUUUUAUCCUUCGCUCUGUGUUGUAUAUGAUUUCAUGGUGCAUUAUUUGUUUACAAGAACAUGUGGAUUUGUGAAGCAAUUUAAUUGAUUAUGGUA